UUUUCAUGUCAAUGUCACACAAACGUCAUAAGGUCAUAGAAUCUGAAAUCGGAAAAACAAAUUAAAAAUUUAGAUUAAAUUUCUUUUCUUUCUAGAAUACAAUCGUAACUUCGAAACUCGAUAAAGUUUUAUAUCCUUGUUUUACCUUCCCACGCACAGAAAGAGAAUGGAUCCGCUGAUUGAAGAGGAGAUAGAAAUGGAACCGAGAUCCUGGUUCAAUCCGUUAAGCUUCGUGCUGCAGUUCCUGGCCUCGUACGGGUGGUACCUGGUGGGCGGAGCCGCAGCCUUGCUGUAUAUUGUGCACCGACUGAGACCCAAGGUGAAGGAGUGGCAGGAGGCCAGGGAGGAUGCUGCUUAUCACAAGAACCCUGAUCUAGCUCUGGCCCGGAUGGAGGCAAUCCAGCGUGCGAGGGAGAGGCAGCAACAACUGCUAGAGGAGGCCUCGCAGAGAGCUCUUGAGGAACAGAAACAGCGUGAAGAGCGCAAGCGAGCAGAGUUGGUGGAGCGGCUGGAGAAGUACGGCACCGCGGCGGGCCGGCGGCUCGGCGCGCCCGGCGACAGCGAAUACCUCCCUCUGAGCGGAGGCGCGUCGACGUCCACCUACCGCCCGCCCAAGAGGUCCAAAUGCGGGGGCGGGGGGUGUGGGCGGUAGACUGACAUUGUAUUUAAAGUAAUUUCAUAAAAACAUUUAGGGUCACUUCACACUGGAGACGAGACGCGAUGCGACAUUUUGAUAGAGCGAAUCUCAAAUUAAAUUUUUAUUUGGCUACGGAAGUAGUUUCCAUUGCGGUGUGAUUCUUUUUCCACGUACAUUGGACUGAAUCAAAGGAGCGGAAUCGAUUUUUCGGACACGACCGCCACAAAGGGAAGAUAUUCCUGCAGGCUGGUGUGACAGACGAUGUCGCGUCAGAUGCUGGAUUUAUGCUCAAAGCCGUGAAAUAUUUGCUUGCUCAGUUUAAAAUCUUCGCUCUCAUUGGCUGACAGCGUAGCGUGCUGCGUUAUGAUUGGUUGUUGGCGUUUUAUUUAGAGAUAUCGCCACAUGGAUUUUAAACUUGAGAUUCCUCGUGUAGGUGAUGGGCUAGCAACCUGUCACUAUUUGAAUCUCAAUUCCGUCAUUUAGCCACACAGCUGAAGAGGCCUUUUAAGACUAUUGUCUCUGUCCCAAUAAAGGGUAACAAUAAAAAGUAUGAUUGUAUCAUCUUAACAUUUUGAGCUGAAUUAAAAUGUCUUGUCGCGUCUCGUCUUUAUUGUGAACUCACCUUUACUAAUGGACUUAUUUAAUUUAACUAAAAUGAAAUCAUUAUUUCUAUGUGUCUUAACUAAUUUGAUAAAAUCCAAGAGUUAAUUUGUAGUCAUGAUAAUUGGCAUUUAAUUAAAUUCCAUUUGAAUCAGUAACAAGGUGUUUUGUCGAUGCUAUUAUAAUACAUUAACUGAUUGUGGUGUAGAUUUGAAAAUAUGUAUAAAAUUCUUUAUUGUAUAAAGUUUGUAAUGUUUUUGAAGUGUAAUAUAAUUCCUUAAAGAAAUACAAUUUACUGUAUCUAAA